UGAUAUCCUCCUAUUUACGCACGGCUCCUGAUAAGAUCUCCUCCCAUUUGCGCACCAUUUCGUCUCUUUUCCGAACAUUUUCUAUCUCUCUCUCCCUCUUCCUCUUCUUCUUCUUCUUCUACUUAUUCUGCUUCGUCUAUAAUGUCGAUCGUGCGAUUGAAACCGAUCCUACACCAUCUUCCUCCCAUAGAAAACCCUAGGCUCUCUCCUCGCGAGCUUCGGAGAUCGGAGCUUCCGGGAUCGAUCCGGUGUUGCUCGAAACCCCGCGUCUCGGUCUCGAGGGGCCUUCGCCGCUCCGAUCCUCUGAGAUCUCUUCCAAUCAUUAGGGCUGGUGUGGCUCCGACGCCUUCGCUCGCUGAAGAUGAUCAGGCGACCGAGGUCGUCUACUCGGAGACGUUUCUUCUCAAGCGAUCCCAAGCGGUGGAGGGAAAGGUGUCGGUGAGAUUGGACGCGGCCGAGGAGGACGGAUCCAGAUGGCGUCUGGUGAUUGGUUGUAAUCUGCCGGGCAAGUGGAUUUUGCACUGGGGGGUCACCUACCAUGAUGAACGUGGGAGUGAAUGGGAUCAACCUCCACCAGAAAUGUGGCCUCCUGAAUCUGUUCCUAUCAAGGACUAUGCAAUAGAAACCCCCUUAAAGACAUCUUCGUCCAAUCCAGAAGAGCAGGUACUUCAUGAAGUGCAGAUAGAUUUUGACAGCAGCGUUCAAAUUGGAGCUAUUCAUUUUGUUCUAAAGGAAGAGGAAACAGGAGCAUGGUUUCAGCACAAAGGCAGGGAUUUCAGGAUAACUUUGAGAGAUACUUUCAAAGAGGAAAGUUCCUUGGGUGGAACACAAGGCUUUAGCAUCUGGCCAGGAGCUCUUGAGCAGAUAUCUACCUUGUUGAAGCCUGAAGGAUCUAGUCCUAUGACUCAGGAGACUCUCCGUGGAGGCAGGGAAGCUAAGCAGUGGAAUAGCCGCAUUGCAGGCUUGUAUGAAGAAUUCUCUAUCUCGAAAGAAGAGCCUGUUCAGAAUUUAAUGACAGUCACUGUACGGAAAAGCAAUGACACCGAGAAAAAGCUUGUGCAAUUUGACACUGAUAUACCUGGUGAAGUUACUGUUCACUGGGGUGUCUGUAAGGAUGACAGUAAGAAAUGGGAAAUUCCGCCCACUCCACAUCCGCCAGCAACAAAGCUAUUUCGUAGCAAAGCUCUUCAAACGUCAUUACAGCCAAAAGAAAAUGGGCGUGGCAGUUGGGGAAUAUUUCCAGUGGCUCAAGAGAGCUUAGGUCUGCUUUUUGUGCUUAAGCUUGAUAAAUAUACUUGGUUGAAGAAUGACGGAACUGAUUUCUAUAUCCCUCUUAUCAAUGUGAGUGGCUCUUCCACUUCAAAUAGCCAGGAACUUGGAAACAAACAGAUGGAUAGUAGUCAGGGCUCUGUUUCUACUGAAGAGGCAAAACCAGUUGUCAAGAAUAUUGAGUAUACCCAUGAAAUUAUAAGUGAAAUAAGAAAUUUAGUUACUGAUAUAUCCUCUAAAAAUGGUAAAGGAGCAAAUACUAAGGAAGCACAAGAGAGCAUCCUGGAAGAAAUUGAAAAGUUGGCUGCUGAAGCUUAUAAGAUCUUCCGAAGCUCUGCUCUAGGUUUUGUGGAGGAAACUGUUUCUCAUGCCGAGCCAUCUAAGCCUGCUGUUCAAAUAUGUUCGGGGACUGGCUCUGGUUAUGAAAUACUUUGUCAAGGAUUUAACUGGGAAUCUCACAAAUCAGGAAGGUGGUUUCUUGAGCUUGGUGCAAAGGCUGAGGAGUUAGCAUCACUGGGUUUUACGGUUAUAUGGCUGCCACCACCUACUGAAUCUGUCUCACCUGAAGGUUACAUGCCGAAGGAUUUAUAUAACUUGAAUUCCAGAUAUGGAAGUAUGGAAGAAUUGAGGGACCUUGUGAAAAGGUUUCAUGAAGUUGGAAUCAAGGUUCUUGGUGAUGUUGUUUUGAACCAUCGUUGUGCCCAUUAUAAGAACCAGAAUGGCAUCUGGAACAUCUUUGGUGGCCGUCUAAACUGGGAUGACCGAGCAAUUGUGGCUGACGAUCCACAUUUCCAUGGCAGGGGCAACAAGAGCAGUGGGGACCAUUUCCAUGCUGCACCAAAUAUUGACCACUCACAAGAAUUUGUACGAAGGGAUCUGAAAGAGUGGCUUUGCUGGUUGAGAGAGGAAAUUGGAUAUGAUGGGUGGCGAUUGGAUUUUGUUCGUGGGUUUUGGGGCGGUUAUGUCAAGGACUACCUAGAAGCAACCGAACCCUUCUUUGCAGUUGGCGAGUACUGGGAUUCUCUUAGUUAUACAUACAGUGAAAUGGAUUAUAAUCAAGAUGCUCACAGGCAGAGAAUCAUUGAUUGGAUAAAUGCCACAAAUGGCACAGCUGGUGCAUUUGAUGUCACUACAAAAGGAAUACUCCAUUCUGCUUUGGGAAGAUGUGAGUAUUGGCGGUUAUCUGACCAGAAGGGUAAACCACCUGGCGUUAUAGGUUGGUGGCCUUCACGAGCUGUUACAUUCAUUGAAAAUCAUGACACUGGUUCUACUCAGGGUCAUUGGAGAUUCCCGUCUGGUACGGAGAUGCAAGGAUAUGCAUACACCCUUACACAUCCUGGCACUCCUGCAGUUUUCUAUGACCACAUCUUCUCCCACUAUCAGCCGGAAAUUUCUAGAUUAAUCUCGGUCAGACGUCGGCAGGAGAUUCACUGCAGGAGUAAGAUCAAGAUAAUCAAGGCUGAAAGGGAUGUUUACGCGGCUGAGAUUGAUGAGAAGGUAGCUGUAAAGAUUGGGCCGGGACACUACGAGCCGUCAAAUGGACCGAAAAAUUGGGUUUUGGCCGCAGAAGGAAAAGACUACAAGGUCUGGGAGACAUCAUAAUCUGUUGAUCAUCCCGAGCAACAUUUUUAUAUCGAAAUUUUCGAAAGAGUAGAAUCAAGUACCUAUGCUGUAGAAAGAACAUCAGAAGCUAGAUAUGAAAGCAGGAAAAUAACAAGGCCAUCAAAAUUUCCAGAGUCGCCAUUGAGGAGAUGAAAUGCCCUUUACAGUUUUUAAAAAUAGUAUGUAUGAUGAACGCUUUAAGUCUAUAUAAUGUUUAUUAUAUGUAGAAGUGCAGCUUCAUCUCUAUUAUUAUAAUAAUAGUAUUGUACGAUUCACAAUAUCUGCAAAUAUUUGGCCUCAUAUUUGUAACUAUUAUCUUUUGUUUCCCGUUGGCUAGGAAGAGUAAUCACUGGUCAUAGGGCUAGGCGUUGUUUGUUUUAAAUGUAACGUUUGUGUCAUUUUUUUUAAAAAA